AUGUUCUCGAAUAGCGACAAUGUCUUGAUCCACGGUGGCGUAUUCAACCAAACCGGUGCAACGAUCCACCAUCAUCAAUGGCUCCCGCGCGACGGGUUUGACAUAUUACAUGGCCGAAUAGUAUCAAACGCAUUCCACAACUCUAGCGAACAAUUUGACGCUCCGAAAUGUCACCCUAACACACGCACCUCUGUUCUCGAAACCAUAAUGGAAUGGGUCACGCAACACCAAGUUGUUCGGCUGAAACCCUUGUUGUGGCUCUAUGGCGCAGCUGGAGCCGGCAAGUCCGCGAUUUGUCGAACAAUCGCGGAAAGGUACUACGGAGAAGGAUUACUGGUUGCCACUUUCUUCUUCUCGAGGACACCAUUCGAACACAACAGCGUUGAAGGAAUAGUGGCGACUCUGGCGUACCAACUCGCCCUAUCUAUACCUUCGACGCGAGAUCAUGUGCGGCAAGCUGUUGAGAACGAUCCAUCCAUCUUCGAGCGCGAUCUCGGCGAACAGUUCGAGAAAUUAAUUGCACAACCCGUGCUUCUUUCUCUCUCGCCCCAAGUGCUGCCCAAGCCUUCCAGGUUACCCCCAAAGCUCGUCAUCAUUGAUGGAUUGGACAAGUGUUAA